AUGGCGCCGAACGAUACUGCUUUCCAAGGGGGCAGUGACGGUGCCGCGGUCGCGCAAAAUCAACAAAAUCAACAAGAACAACAACAAGAACAACGGCCCAAUGCCAUGCGUUACGCUGCUCGUGUUUCCUCCGGGCGACUGGACCGCACAUUUAGCUCAGACGCAUCCGUCACAGCCUCGGAAAGCCCCAGCGAGGAGGACUAUGACGAGCUCACAUCGCGGCCCGCCGAGGGCAUGGUGCUCCGCCAACGCCGCAAGCCUCAGACCCAAUUGCGCAACGAGGUGCAGGCGGACGCCUCGGAGCUCGACGACACGACGACGAAGCAGGGCGGCUCGCCACGAGAGGGCCUGGAACGGGAGGCCGUAUAUUCGCCGACGUCGCGCUUGCAGCGGGGUGGGCGCAAGCUGUCGGCGACGGUGAUCUUUGAAGAGAAGAGCGGCAGCGGCAGCGGCAGCGGCAGCAGCAGUGCCGGUGGCGGCAGGGACAGCCAGGGCGCGCAGCACUCCUCGGACACGACGGCGGUGUCCUCGUCCGAAUCCAUCGACGGCGAUGCGAAUGGCCUGUCGUCCGUCAAGGAGUACGGUGCCGGUCGGACGGACAGCCACGGCCAAAGCUACGUUGUGUCCAUUGACGACCCCAAGCUUGUGGAGAUAUUGCGCGCCGACCUGGAGCACAUGCGCGAGGACAUGGAAGAGAAGCGGCGGCUGCUGGACGGCAUCGCCGUCCACGACAAGGCGCUGCUGGACGACGGUGGCCAGGCCAAGCACCGUCGUGGCUCGGUGUCCUCGAAGCCCAAGAGCAAGAAGAAGCCGCGUGGCCGGUUCAGCGACUUUGUGUUUACGCGCGGCUUCUCGACCUUUGACCGGCAGAACGCCGCCGCGGCGAACAGCCCCUUCCACGGCUUCUUCACGCUCUUUUGGAUCUCGGUCUUUGUCUUUAUGAUCAAGAUCGGUGCCGAAAACUGGCGCAAGACCGGAAGCCCGCUCGGCACCAACGAGAUCAUGGCCAACAUGUUCCACCGCGACGUGGUUGUCAUGCUGCUGUCGGACGGCGUGCUGUGUGCGCUGACGGGUGUGAGCUGGCUGAUCCAGCUCGUUGUCCACGACGGCCGGCUCAUGGAGUGGGACGGCGCCGGCUGGAUUGUCCAGAACAUCUGGCAGACAAUGUAUGUUGCCCUCUUCAUCGGCUGGACGCAGCUGCGCGACUGGCCUUGGUCCCACACCGUCUUCUUUGUGCUGCAUGGCCUCGUCAUGCUCAUGAAGCAGCACUCGUACGCGUUCUACAACGGCUACCUGUCGUCCAUCUACAAGCGCCGCGCGACGCUCCAGGCGCGCCUCGAGGAGCUCCAGCGUGCCGAGCUGCACGAGGGUGAUGUUGGCGACAAGAUUCGGACGUCCAGCCGGCCUCAAGCCGACGCCGCACUGGCCUCCGCGGCUCGCGCAGCCGUGUCGUCUGGCGUCAAGACCGAGGACGGCCAUGCGAAGAAGCAAGGCUCCCACGCCAUCGCGGAGCAAAUGGCGGCAAGCACGGCGACCCCCGAAGCGCUCGACAAGGUCGUGGCCGCCCUGCAGUCCGGGCAGCCCCUCGACUACCAGCAGGCGCGCGUGUUUGAGCGGAUCCUGCACUGGGAGAUUGACGGUCUGACCGAAGAGCUGCGUGGCAAGUCGACGCGGCCCGACAAGAUGUACCCCCACAACCUGACGUUCAACAACCACUACGAGUACAUUGUGCUGCCGACGCUCGUGUACGAGCUCGAAUACCCGCGGUCCGAGACGAUCAACUGGCGCUACGCUGCCGAGAAGCUGGUCGCCGUCUUCGGCAUCAUCUUUGUCAUGAUUAUGGUGUCCCAGGCGUUCAUGUACCCCGUCGUCAUGCGCACUCUUGCGAUGAAGGAGGCCGGCAUGCCGUUGGCUGAGCGCUUCAAAGAGUUCCCGUGGAUGUUGAGUGACCUCAUUUUCCCCUUCAUGAUGGAGUAUUUGCUCACUUGGUAUCUCAUCUGGGAGACCAUUCUCAACUUCCUCGCCGAGAUCACCUUCUUUGCCGACCGCAACUUCUACUCGGCCUGGUGGAACUCGGUCACAUGGGACGAGUUUGCGCGCGACUGGAACCGGCCGGUGCACCUCUUCUUGCUGCGCCACGUCUACCACAGCUCCAUCUCGGCGAUGAAGGUCAACAAGUACACGGCAACACUCAUCACCUUCUUCCUGUCCGCGUGCGUCCACGAGCUCGUCAUGUGGUGCAUCUUCAAGAAACUGCGCGGCUACCUGCUCUUUCUGCAGAUGUGCCAGCUGCCACUGGUGCGCUUGAGCAGAACACGGUGGAUGCGCAACCGCCAGACGCUGGGCAACAUCAUGUUCUGGGCCGGGAUUUUCAUGGGGCCGACGAUCUUGUGCAGCCUGUAUCUGAUCCUGUAG